AUGGUGAAAUCCGACGCCGAUGUCAUCAAAGAGUUCAAUGAGCUGGUCAAUAUGACGGCCAGCGAGCUGGAAAAGUGGCUCAAGUCGAACGACUCAACGUCUUCCGGCUGGACAAACGGCGAAGGAGGCGAGACGGUGGGCCACAACUCGGGCACUAAGAUCGUCGAUAUCCUCGAGCGCAACCCGGAGAAGAACAAGGAAAAGUACACCGAGGACGAUAUCAAGCACAUGCGCAAGGUGGUUAGCUAUAACAAGAGGCAUCUUGCGCAGGAACAGCAUCUCAAGCAGAAAAAGUCGAACGAGGAGCUGCAAAAGACCAAAAGCUACAAGAGUCUGAAGAGCGGAUCACCCGACACGACAUGGUCGUCCGCGUCGAGCUCGACAUUCCGAUCGGACGUUGCACUGCCCACUGCUCUGAAUCUUGGCAAGAUCGGGACGUCGGCCACCACAGCUUCUACCGCGGCAGCCUCAGCGGCGCCGACGCGGUCGGGCGACUCGGCUGCGUACCUCGACUCGUUGGAGGAAGGCGUCAACAAGACGAUCGAUGCCGAGGUCGACACGCUCCUGUCCAGCUAUAAGGAGCUCGUCUCGCUUGCCACUAUCGCCGACAAGGACAAAUACCGUGUAGCGCAAGAGGCGUUCCAGUCAGAAGCGAGGGCGGAUAUCAUGGUGCGCUCUACACAAACACUCGGUCUGCUUUCGGAAGCACUCAAGCUCUCGCUUUUGCUCUCGAAAACCGCGGAUCCUGCACUCAACACCGAAGCGAUGCAUCUUAUCGAGAGCACGGAAGCUGAAAAGCUCCAAUGUGCGCAUUUGCUCAGCCACAUCAUGCAGCUCGAUGUGCGUAAUGCGCAACAUCUCGUAUCACAUCUCGAUCGUGCUUUGGUCGAUCCGACGACGCGCCCCGAAGCGCACGAUCAAUCCCAGCUUGCGCCGAACCAACACAUCCCAGACGACGAUAUGCAGCCUGUCUCGACUGGCUGA